GCCUCUGCUUCCUGUGUGUGUGUGUGGUCACGAUUUCUAUCCUCUUCUAUUGUGGUCGCCAGAAAUCUCACCCACUCACAUUUUUUUGUCUCAUUUUGAACUCUCUGUUGCUAUGGCUCUGCUAUCUAUUCAGAGUGACUUUUGUAAAGUUAGUGCAAUCAUUCCUCCUCCAACCCCCUUCCCCUCUCCUCCCGGGGGGAGACGAGGCCUACACGCCCUUACUGAAACACUUGGUGAGCAGAAGUAGAACUCUAUUGUGUACAAGAAACAUUUCCCACUCUUGGCUCCCUGACACCAAGCUCCUUUUAAGGCAAUAGUUUCCCUGGUAACCGCCCGGCUUCAAUCGCACUGUCAAAUCCCAACACACACAGUCACUGACUCCCAGCUCUUAUUCCGUUCACCCAAAUCGCCCUCGUAACCUCUUGUAGACCUCUCCUCUCCCUCCCUUUCUCCAACUCCAACUCCCACUCUCCAGUUGGAAUUUUUUACCUCUUAUUUCCAACUUGCCGCUAAUCUUUUAUUCUUUCAACCACCUUCUCCCUCCCACCCUCCAGUUAGGAUUUGUUUCCACGGCUUAUUUCACCCUCCACUCCCUGCCAGUAACUUUGGCCCAGUCUUUUACUUUUUCAACCACCCUCACCUUCUUCAAACGCAACCCCGACUGCCCAGGGUGGAUUCUUUAUUCUUUUGCCUGGAAAAAAGGAGGAUUCUUCCCCCCCCGCCCCCGAGGAAGCAAAAAGGUGAGAGGGUGAGGGAGAGGAGAAGAGAAAAUCUUUAGGAAAAGGUGAGGAGCUGGGGGUUUUAAGGAACGAGGGCAGAGGGAGAGUGGAGAAGGGAAAACAUUCAGGAAAAGGUGGAGUGGGGAGUUUUAAGGGAGAAGGGAAAAUCUUUAGGAAAAAGCGAGGAGUGGGGAGUUUUAAGGAAGGAGGGGUAGAGAGCGAGAGAGAAAGGGAGAAGAGAAAAUCUUUAGGAAAAGGUGAGAGGUGGGGGGGGGGGUUUAAGGAAGGAGGGUAUGGAGAAAGAAAAUCUUUAGGAAAAGGUGAGGGAGUAGGGGCUGAGAAGGAAGUUGGGAACAGAGAGAGAGAGAGAGGAGGGAAAAUCAACACAAAACAAACUUUGGGAGUUUGGCGGAGUGUAUAUAUUUUUCUCUGAGUUUAUUGUCCGCCCCUGGGUCUGUGGCUUGUUUUCACUCCCCCCCGCCCCCGGGCCCCGGGAGAGAUGGGGAGGGGAGAUGGCCCUGACCUGGCUGUGCAGUGAUUACAGUCGGUGAAGGGGGUGGGGGCAGAGAGAGAGAGAGAGAGAGAGAGAGCCCUCGGGGGCCGGGGAAGCGAACCCCCCGACGCGGCGGCUGGUCUGCUCGCUCUGGAGCCGGCAGCACGAUGCGGAGGAAGGGGCGGCUCAGAGAAGCGCAGAGACGGUUCCCUGCCGCCGCUGAGACACUGACCAGACAGGCCUGCAGGAGUGGGACCCUCUUAUUCUAACUUCCCUUUUUUAAAAAAAACAAAUCUGAAACCCCUCUCCUCCUCCAAACUCAGCCUUUUAUUUUGCUUGUGUCUCUUUCUUUACAAACUCUUUCCCGAUCCCUCUCUCCCGGUUAGGGGAGGGAGGGAGGGAUUAUUCGGGACAUGGCUAUGACCUCCAGCGACUGGGAAGAAUCCCGGGACGAGCCCAAACUCUACCCCCACAACGGCGGCGAGGAGUCCUCGGAGAGCCCGGCUCCUUCGUCCUCGCAGACCGGGGGCAGUGAGCCGGAGCUGGGCGAGCAGGCGGUCCAGGUGGACUGUGUGGUGUGUGGCGACCGGGCCAGUGGCAAACACUACGGUCAGUUCACCUGCGAGGGCUGCAAGAGCUUCUUCAAGAGGAGUAUCCGCCGGAAUCUCUCCUACACCUGCAGGUCUAACCGGGACUGUCAGAUUGACCAGCAUCACAGGAACCAGUGCCAGUACUGCCGGCUCCGAAAGUGCUUCAAAGUGGGCAUGAAGCGAGAAGUCCAGCGAGGCAGGAUUCCUCCAGCCCAGGCCAGCCCUGGGGAGCUCUCGCUGUCUGGGGGAGAGCACUUGAAUGGAGGCAACAUCUCAGGACUUAUCUCCCUGCUUCUGCGAGCAGAGCCGUACCCCACGUCUCGCUUCAGCACCCAGUACAGCCGGUACAACCUUAUGAGCAUAGACAACAUCUGUGAGCUAGCAGCCAGGUUGCUGUUCAGCGCGGUGGAGUGGGCCAGGAACGUCCCUUUCUUCCACGAGCUACAGAUCUCUGACCAGGUGGCACUACUGCGGUUGAGCUGGAGUGAGCUGUUUGUCCUGAAUGCAGCACAGUCGUCCCUCCCUCUUCACAUGGCUCCCCUCCUGGCAGCCGCCGGCCUCCACUCCUCGCAGAUGUCAGCGGAUCGAGUGGUGACCUUCAUGGACCAGAUCCGAAUCUUCCAGGACCAGGUGGAGAAGCUGAAGGUUUUGCAGGUCGACUCUGCUGAGUACAGUUGCCUGAAGGCAAUCGCCCUCUACACCCCAGACGCUUCUGGUCUCUCGGAACCUGCCCACAUUGAGAGCUUGCAGGAGAAGGUUCAAGUGUCGCUGGCAGAGUACGUGCGAUGUCAGUAUCCACCACAGCCCCAGCGUUUUGGCAAGCUGCUCUUACGACUCCCGGCAUUGCGAGCAGUGCCAGCCUCCCUCAUUGGACAACUCUUCUUCAUGAGGCUGGUGGGCAAGACACCCAUUGAGACCCUAAUCAGAGACAUGCUCCUGUCUGGAGGUUCCUUCAACUGGCCUUACAUGCCAACUCAAUGAUAAAGCCUGAUUCCUAAUGGGCUCCAACUAGACUGUUACUGGGCACUGCCAAGUAUGCCACUUCGCAUACGUGAGAUUAAAUGGGAUCAGUUGACUUUAGGCACUAACUGGAUCUUGGGAUGCAGUAUUUAAAUUUAGUACUUUGCUUCUUUUGUUUGCUUAAGGACACAAAGCCAAAAUGUGACAAUGUUUCAUGGAAUAGUCUCUGUUUCUGGAUGAUGAGACAUUACAAGCAGAGAUGCUUGUAAAUUGUACACCUCCCCUCACCCCUGUACACACACCCCAGGGUGGGACGGGGCAAUAAUCAGCCAUCAUACCAGCUCCUGAUGACUGUCCAUUGUCUUCAGGAGAAGGUAACCAGACACAGUUUGAACAUAGGAUUGACCCAAGCUCCACCUACCCACUUCACUGCCUUCCUUCACUCACAAAGAAUGGCUGUGUGGAGGGGGUUCCUGGACACCUGACCCAAUAAGAGGAAAACCUGUAGGAGGUUGGAGCAAUCAGCUUCCACAUCGAGAUUUGAUUUAAUAGAUGGGGAAGCCUCCCCUUUAUUAGAAUCACAUAAUUGAGAAAUUUCAACUGCAUUUUAAAGAAGUGGGCAGAGUUUGACUGUGCACCAUUUCAGUGUAUACGUUUAGUGAUGUUUGAGAGCAGUGCUGGAAGGGGACAGGAUUAUUCAGUAUUUCACUCAAAGUGCACUCCAAGAUCAAGGAAGUGACAUUGUCACACUCCUGCUGCUUGUCCCAACAUGCUCUGCCCCUGCUAACCUUGAGGAGCACUUCAUAAUGCCCAAGUACAGAAGGUUUGCACACUCAGUCAUUAGAAGGAGGAAGCAAAGGACUGAGAUUGUAGCGUUGUUUAAAAUGCAAUUGGAAAAAUAUUUCAAAACAAAAACAAUGCAAGGAAGAAGCAAUGAAAUGGAAUCACAUUAAGACCCCAUAACUAGCUGAUUGGGGUGGGAAGGAGGUCUAUCUUUUUCUGUGCUGUAACAUUUUAGAAUUUUGGUCAAAUUGCUUGCAUCUCCUUCACCUUGCAUCCUCUUGGAGCUACUUCCUCAGUCACCUCUCAAAAUCUUGUCCUGAUAUUGUACGAUAGCAUCAUAUUCAUUGUGAGUGUAUCCUUUAACUGUACUUUCUAGUUUGUGUGACAUAGCCUCCUGAUUUAACUGACUGUGAUGUUGCAAUAAAAUAUUUUGAGUCUUUUGACUUCCUUAA